AUGAAAAUAAAUAUAAAUAAACAAUUUAAAAUAAUAAAAUAUAUAAUAAUAAUAAUAUUAAUAAUAAUAGAGAUUGAAAAUAAAUCAAAAAUUAAUUGUUUAACAGGAUGUGAAACAUUAUCAUCAGAAUUAUGUUUAGCGGCAUAUCCAAUGUGUAUGUCAUUAAUUUUAACAAGUUGUUGUCCAGGACAAGUUUCAUUAUGUUUAGAAAUCGAUACAGUAAUUGGUUAUAUAAGUAAUAAAAAAUUAGAGAUUCAAAAUUGUUUAAGAAAUCUUCAAACUGGUGUAUUCUAUGAACUAUGGGGUGAUAUUAAUGAAAUACCAGGUUACGAAAUUAUACCAAUACCAAAUAUAACUUGUAAAGAAUUAAAUUGUGAAAGUAAAGGAUUUGAUUGUAUUUAUGAAUCAGUGGCAGAUUGUGAAGAACCUGAAUCAUUAUGUUGUCAACCUGAACCAGUUUGUACCAAUUUUUUAAAGAGUAUAAAUAGUAAAAUAAUAUUUGGAAGAACAAGAUGUGAUUUACCAUGUGUUGAUGGAUAUGUUUGUAGGAUGGUGAACGAUGUCAAAACAUGUCUACCCACUAGUUGCGAUAUAGUUCAAUGUGAUGUUGGUACUGAAUGUUUACCACUUAUUGGAGUUGGUAUAGUAUCAUGUUUUAAAGUUAUAGAGAAUUUAACAACUACAACUGUUUUAAUCAAUAAUAAUAGUAAUAAUAAUAAUAAUGGUAGUGGUGAAAUUAUAGUUGAAAGAACAAAUCAAACUGUUUCAUGUGAAUUAUCAAAUAAUAGUUGUCCAAGCGGUUUUGAAUGUUCAACGUAUAAUCCAUUAAAUAGUGCAUUAUGUAUACCAUAUGGAUCAUUUAAUUUCUUUAAUGAAAUAUUUGAAUGUGGUAAUUGUCCAACUGGUUGGAUUUGUAGAAAGUUCGGUUGGAGUGGUGUUUGUAUAGAAUUUGAAAGAAAUUUGCAAAGUAUAAAUAAUACACCCAUUUGUUUCGGUGGUACAUGUUUAUCCAAUCAAUUUUGUAAUACUACAAGUCAACAAUGUGAAUUUGAAUCAUGUGAAGAUGAUACUUGUCAUAAUGAAAUGAAAUGUUUUCAAUAUCAUCCUUCUUCACCUAGAGUUUGUUCAUAUUGGGAAAUUACUCCAACUAUUAAAUUUCCUUCUUCAUUACCACCAUUUUUCGAACAUUUUAUUGAAUUUGAAGGAAAGUGA